GAAGUUCCCAACCGCAGAUUAGCUCCGACAUCAGUCGCAUCUUGACAGUCGUUAGUCGAUCAACAGAACGGAAACGAUACGGCUUAUCGUGGCAAACAUAAUCUGUGAUCUGUGAAAGUGCAGGAAAAGUAUUUUUGAAGUAGUCGCAAACAAUAAGGACAUCACGACGCAACUGAACUGAGUGCAUCUAGCGGGCGAUUCUAGAAGUUUCCAGUGGUAGUGUUUAAGUUUUCUCGAGAACAGUUUUAACAGACCUCCAUACAAAGGUAAUAUGGGUGUCCAGGAUGUACAGGAUCACGUGCUGGUGCAGUGCGAUUUCGAAAUUUUCGGUCAAGUGCAAGGAUGUGGAUUCACGAAACACUGUAGGGACAAUUGCUUAGCGCUUGGCAUCAAAGGCUGGGUGAAAAACUCCAAACAAGGCACAAUCAUGGGCAAAAUGCAAGGAGCCAAGGCAGACGUCGGUAAAAUGGUUACUUGGCUGUCUAAAACUGGCUCACCCGGAUGCAAGAUCGACAAGUCAGAGUUCACCAAUUGGGGCACGUUGUCGCGGUUUGCGUUCACCGAUUUCGCCAUAAGGUUUUAGGCACCUAUUCUAAUUAAUUUUAAUAAUGCAGCAAAAUAGUGUCCUACACUGCGAUGCAGCUCUGUAAAUUGUGACUAAAUUAUAUAUGGUUAAUUAGUUUAGCGCCUGUACGUGAAUGCUAUCAUCAGGUUAUCAUAACCAAUCGGAGGUGUAUUUCUUAUAUGUAUAUUCGUCAUAACUAGGUCAUAUUGUUAAUUUUAAUUAUAUGAAGAAACGAAUCAGAAAAAAACAAACAGAAAAAAUCUAUUGUAAUAUACCGGUAUCAACGCAAACGAAGGUCAAAGGCUUUAAAACUUAUUUCUUUUUUCAUCUUCAAUCAUACAGAAUGUCUGGUGGCAGCGCUGUCUAGUUAUUAAGUUUAACUUAUUGAAAUGAUCAUAGCCAGAAAAAGUAUGAAUGGAAUAAACUAUUGAACAUA